CAUUAAUCAGGCUAAUUUAAGUAUCCAGAUAUAACCCAGGUCCUUGGAUCGCUCGCAAAGCUCAAUAUUACACUUUUCGAACCACUCGAUACGCUCGUGGUUCAAUUUUUAGAAUCUUUAGCUUGCUCAUAUGUCAAUAUUAGCACGAGGGGUUAACUUUGCCCCCUUGUAAAACAAAUACUACGGCUACUUUCUAUCACCGCACCGCCCGCCGUCGGAAUUUCCUCCAGCGCACGCUCUGGUUGUGGAAUGAGCUACCAGCCGAGGUUUUCCCGAGGGUCUACAGUAUGAGGUUCUUCAAAAAAGGAGUGUACAGAUUUUUAAGGGUUGGCAACGCGCAUGUAACACCUCUGGAGUUGCAGGUGUCCAUAGGCUACGGUGACUGCUUACCAUCAGGCGGGCCGUAUGCUUGUUUGCCACCGUCGUGGUAUAAAAAUAAAACUAAAAACUAUUAUGGCUAGAUGAAAACUCUUAAAAAUAGGAACUACCUAAUUAAUUUAUGCUCAACUUCCGUGAUCCUUUAAUUUAAUUGUUAUUUGAUGAUCUCGAUAAAGCUACUAAAUAGGUAUAAUUGAUGAUUUUUUAAUAGCUUUAUAACUUAAUACUUCAUCAGUUAAUGCAUCUCAAUGCGUUGUUGAUUUGACCGAAUUAGAUAAGGAUUAAGGCGCAUGGCACACUGCAUGCGAUUCGCACGUGCGACGUGCGAGUGGGAAGUCGCUAUAUUACGCGCAUAGCGUUGUCUUCCUCAAACAUCGACGACGUGACAUGCGCCGUAAUUUCGUCAGAUGACACGCAUUUUCUUAUAAAACAGUUUUUUUUAACACAGAAAUGAAUAAAAUAGUCUUGACGGAAUUAAUUAUAAUGACCGUAGGACUCGGGUUUAAGUCCAUCAGAAAAUUAGUUUAAUAUGUAUUUACGGUAUUUCUGUCUAGUCAUGGUUUGUCAGCUUCAUUAUACUCGUAGCACUAAAGUAUAUAUAAUGUAAGAUGAGAGGAUUCGUUGUUUAGUCUUCAUUUAGGAACCGACUCAAUCAUGCUUACUUUAACAAUCGGGGGUCUCCUUUUAGCGGCCGUCUAUUACUAUCUCACUCGCACAUUUAACUACUGGAUAAAACGUGGCGUCAAGCACGAUAAACCAAUCCCACUUUUCGGCACCAAUGCGAAGAACUUCCUGUUAUGUGCUAACCCUGUGGAUAUGGCUAGAGAAGCAUAUAAGAAGUACCCAACUGAACAACUAGUAGGAUUCUUCCGCGGCACCCGUCCAGAGCUGAUAAUCAGAGAUCCGGAGCUCGCCAAACGCGUCUUGACCAGCGAUUUCAACUCUUUCCAUCGUCGGGGGAUUGUGGAUUCAUCUACAAUGGAGCCUCUUCAGAAGCAGCAAGUUGCUGCAGACGAUGAUCUGUGGCGUCAGCUGCGAUUGCGUAUGACGCCUGCUUUCUCAAGUGGAAAACUUAAAGCGAUGUUUCCUUUGAUUGUGGAGCGUGCGGAGAUCUUACAAGCGCGGUUGAAGGAGAUAUCCAACAAACAACAAGCCGUUGACGCUAGGGACCUCAUGGCGCGCUUUACCAACGAUAUAAUUGGCUCCGCUGGCUUCGGAGUCGUCUCCGAUUCCCUCAACAAUGAAGAAGAUGCCAUGCGGAAGCUCGGACUGAAAAUAUUCUCCAUCAACUUCACGCGUGUCAUUAAUCAAACAUUGAAGAACCUUAACCCUAAAUUUUUUGGGCAUUUGAAGAUUCUUGGAAAUGUAGAAAAAGAUGUCAUUGAAAUGGUUCGAACCGUCAUGCAGCAGCGAAAUUAUGAACCUAGCGGAAGACAUGACUUUAUUGAUAUACUUUUGGAGUGUAAAAAGAAAGGAGCUAUGACAGGAGACUCGAUAGUAGAGACGAAUCCGGAUGGGACUCCUAAGAAAGUGUCUAUAGAGAUGGAUGAGACGAUAAUGGCGGCGCAGAGUUUUUUAUUCUUUGCAGCUGGAUUUGAGACCUCGUCUUCUGUGAGCAGCUACACUUUGCAUGAGCUCGCACAUAAUCCGCACGUCCAAGAAAAAGCACAGGCAGAAAUCGACAAAGUGCUACUUAAAUACAAUAACAAGCUGUGUUAUGAUGCAAUCCUUGAAAUGUCUUACCUAAGAUGGUGUUUGAAUGAAGCUAUGAGAGUGUUUCCGUCCGUGGGUAUAUUGCGUCGUCAAAGCGUGCAUCCGUACACCUUCCCUGGCACAAAAGUGACUAUUGACGGUGGUGUGACCGUGAUCAUACCUUUGGAAGCUUAUCAGAAUGAUCCGAAGAUAUUCCCUGAGCCCCAAGAGUUUCGACCGGAGCGCUUUGAUCCAGACGUUAUGACGCAUGAGCAAAAAGUGGCGUAUCUGCCGUUUGGGGGCGGACCUCGAGCAUGUAUUGGUGAACGUCUCGGAGUGAUGCAAUCCAUGGCUGGAUUGGCCGCGGUAUUGGCUCAGUACUCAGUGAGGCCGGCGGGCGCACCUCGCUACCCCACGUCCAGCCCUUACUCGGGCGCUGUCAACUUCAUUAAGGGAGGACUGCCACUUAUAUUCCAGGAGAGAAAAUUGUAACUACAACAUAGACAAACAGGACAGAAAGUUAAAGUACGUCUCAUGUCGUCUCACUGACGACCAGUUUGGCCUAGUGGGUAGUGACCCUGCCUACGAAGCCGAUGGUCCCGGGUUCAAAUCCUGGUAAGGGCAUUUAUUCGUGUGAUGAGCAUGGAUAUUUGUUCCUGAGUCAUGGCUGUUUUCUAUGUAUUUAAGUAUUUAUAAAUAUUGAUAUAUUAUAUAUAUCGUUGUCUAAGUACCCUCAACACAAGCCUUAUUGAGCUUACUGUGGGACUUAGUCAAUUUGUGUAAUAAUGUCCUAUAAUAUU